GUAUGCCAAAUCAAGGCGGCAACGCCAGGCCCCUCACGCACAAACUCACAAAACACAUAGACGUGUAUAUAUUUAUUUUUUUGUAUUUGUCUGCUAGCGUCCGGCUUUGAUGAAAUAGAGAUGGAGUGGCACGAAGUGGAGUUGGACGGUAGCCGCACGAUUGCGUUCCCGGAGCGCAUAGUACCCGGAUUUGGCCGGGAGCCGUCGACACAUUUGGACGCCGCCGAAUACCUGGGCGGCAUUAUACGCGACGGGCAAUGGGGCUGGGUGACCUGGCGGUAUGGAAGCGACGCCACAUUGCUGGUCUGCUGCAUGUCCACAGGCCAUUACCUCUCCUGGCACUGCUUCUGGAGAGAAUCCAAUAAUCUGGAGCAGCGCAGAAGCAUUCGUUGCGUGGAGGAACUCUUCCCCGGCGACCACGAACGCUCCCCUAUGCUAGCCAUCUGCCUGGAGUCAUGGAACAGCGGCGAUCAGAGACCCAUCGACUGCCCGUUGAGCACACAGGUGCUCAUCUAUGCGAUUCGCAACAGUCAGGUGCUGCGCCGCUUCGACCUCGACGGUAUAACGUGCAGCGCGCUGACGUUUCUCGAUAAAAGAAUCUAUGGACUCACGCAACUGCAUCUGUUCGAAGGCUGUCUGGCCGUAGCCACCGAGGAGGGCACUGUUCUGAUGGUCGAUCUGAACAGCGACAGCCUGCAGGCGAGCACCCGAAACAACCUUUGCUCCCCCAGUUCCAAAGAUGAGCCGUCGUACGGGAACCUAUACUUUGUAUCCUCAGAGGUGGCCAGAGGAGGUCGAAUCAGCUCCAAGCUGACCCAUUGUCGCUCCAAAGGGGCUCACUUGGCUGUGCGGAUGGACGUGGCUUCCAUUGGAAUCAGUUGCCUUAUAGGCAUUAGCUUGGCGCCCGGCUAUGCCGCUGGUCUAGAAGACGGCCGAAUCCUGAUCUACGACCUAAUCCACUUCGAAGUGACCACUUAUCUGCAACCGCCUAAAACAAAGGAAGGGUUCAAAAAGGCAGUUAAGCGAAUGUGCCUCAUUAUGCCACCGGAUGACCCAAAACCCUGUUUCUACAUCUGUGCAUUGUACCAAAACAACGAGGUCCUGCACAUGAUGCUGCACUCGGUCUGCUAUAGGCGUUCGUACAGGGACCGGGAAUCCGACACGAUCCAGUUUGAGCAAUACCGUUCUACAACCGUGCGCAACUGCCAAACCUUGGACAGAGGCAUCUGCUCCGUGCUUGGCUGCGCCACGGCGUCUACUUUCAGUUUUGCCGGCGACAACGGAACUCUACUGAUUGUCAUCUCGUGGCACUCAAGGGCAGAUGAAAAGAACAAGCUAGUCCUGUUCGACAUUAACCAGUGGUACAAGGAUGAGAUGCCCACAUUCGUUCACAAAUCCGCAGUUCCUAAUUACAUGUGCGGCUACAUCCUCAGUGGUCUGAACACGGGACUGGCAUUGCAUCUGCGUUCCACCACCAUAUUGCACUUUGUCUCACUGCAGCGCUACGAUGAGCACUUUUAUCCCAACUCACUGACCUUUGAUUGCUCACUGUUAACCCCAACUGGCAAACGGUACUACGCCCAGGACGGAGUGCAGCAUCGGUUUAUAAACGCCCUUCGCUGUGAAAACGCCACGCUCUUCCUGCGCCCUCAGAUCUACCACGAGGACAUCGUUCGCCUGCGUAUCCUGCCACAAUUUUGUGAGCUUAACCCCAACGCCACAUUCUCUAAGAUCGCCAUGUACGAGUUGAUAUUGUCGGUGGCCCUGGAGCACAACUGCGGAGCCUUGCUGAAGGACUGCGCACGGAGUUGGAUGGAUGGCAGCUUCUUGUGCAACAUGCUUGAUAACACGCAACUCUCCUUGUCAACUCUGACCAACUGGAUCUUGAUGCGCGCCGGCCAGAUUAAGACGAGGUGCUCGGAUCUUUGCCAUGGCAUCUUUGACUACGGCGGCUACCCACUGGACCAGCGGGAACGGCGCGAGUUUCAAGUGCUCACCGGCCAGCUGCGUGAUUUGGUACGAUUGCAGUCCUACAUUGUUGAGCAGGGACGGCGCAGGCUAACCUGCUCCAUUUUGGACGAUUGCCGAGCCAACGAGCGGACGCUGAAAACGGUCGCCGAGUACCAAAGGGUGCUGUACUGGUUUAUCAUGCACGGCCUCCUGCCGGAGGGUCAGCAAGUGGAUUUUCGGGUACCCGGCGAGAAUCCACUCGUUCGCCUGCGACACGAGUACUCGGAAAAACGAGCGCAGCGAAAGUUCCUCUACAUUGACUCUCUGCGAAAACGCGCCUUAAUUCCGGACCCCUAUCCGCCGGACUCGCUGCACGCGUUUAUACAGUUGAUGCUCAAUCCCGACAUAGAACUCUGCCACAAACAUGCUCUUCUCCUCUACCUGCUGAUGGACCUGAACCAACAGCUGGCCCGGCUCUUUCAGAUUGCCUUCCAGCUGGACAAAGAUCUGGCCCCGUCAUUGCGCUGCUUCUGGUACUUGGACCACGGCGACUGCGAGCAAGGCGUACAGGAGCUAUACAAGGAGCCUGCCCCCGCUAGGAACUUGAAAUCGUGGCAGAUGCGGCUCUUAAUAGAGAAGCUGCUGGCUGAAGGUGCCCUCAUGGCGGCCAAGAAGGUGGUCGGUCGACCACCCGGUCCAUUGUCCUCGGCGCUGCACAUGAAAGUGCUCCUAGCCAACGAUAACAUACCGGAAGCAUUCGAAAUCGCUCGCCUCGAUGACGACGAGGAUGGACAGCCGCUGCUGGAGCGCUUCUUCCGCCACUGCAUUGAAAUCAGACGCUUCAAAUUCCUGGCCGGGCUGUACCUGCGAGAGCCAGAGGAACGGCUGUUGUACACUCUGCUCCGCCAGUGCAGAACGCGUCAUACGGAUUGCGUGCAAUUGAUUCUGCUGCUUCAAAAGAGCAAGUUCAUCGAGGCCGUGUCCUUCAUGGAUGAGGUGGCCGCCGAGCGGGAGCGAGAUGAAUCCUCCAGCUCUAUUCUCCCAGCCUACAGCGCUACAAUGGGACCAGUUACACAGAACAUCGCCGGGACAUAUCUCCGCAUCAGAGGCACCUUGGACGGCUUGGGGGAUGGCCAAAAGAACGGUCCCUUGGAGCCCUUCAGCUGCCAGCUGGUCAAACAGAACGCCAGCGGCCUAUUGGGCGGCAUCUUUCAGAGUUCCGCCGUCAGUGCCCACUGGGCAACACAAUGCGAGUCCCCUCCAAAGAUGACCCCCGUUUCGAUCCAAUCAAAAAUAGGCUACUCCAAUGUGCCAUUCCUGCGGCACGCGCAAUACGGACAUUCGGAGCUUCCUCUUCGUCGGCGCAUAGUAAAGCCAAUACCACACCAGGUGGUGGAGAAACGACAGCGGGAGCUAGAGGAUCAGCGGACCAAGCAACAGGAACAGAGGCAGCUAGGCACGGAGCGUCCCUAUAAGCGUCCUUGUCUGAUGUUUGAACGAAUGGUGGAGGAUGUGACAGACUAUGUGAAAUCCAUUCGAGAAAAAAGUUCGAACCAAAUGGAGCAGGAAGAGGUCAAGCAAAACGAGGCGACCGAUCUAUUGCAUCCGCCAACUUUCCUCCAGGCGCGAAAGCCGACGAUACGCAAGAGCAGCAGUUCGCCGCAGCCGAUUCCCACAAUCCUGAAGCGAAGCGCGGCUGUGGAGGCCGUUAAAGGAGCUUCGCCGGUAGCUACGUCCACAGCGCUGGCGGGACCAAAGAGAUUUCGCUUUGUGCCGCCCAUUCCUCUGCGAACUGAUGCAUCUGAUAAAUUGAUGGAGGUGAGCAGCGAAGAUGCGGCUGAGGGGGAGGAGGAAACUGACGAGAUCAUUGUGGAGAUCGAGUCGAGAAGCGAGCCAAGGAGCACCUCCAGCUUUGGGUCCGACGAGGAGGAUGAGUUCCUCUCGCCUUUGGUAUCGGCCAAUGUGUCUUUGAUGGACCCGGUACCAUCGCGGGAUUCUCCUCAUUAUUUCGCGCCACCAGCAGGCCCACAGCCCCGAAACUCAUUGCUACAUGGGGGGAACGGAAGCGGUAGCAAGAUUGGUACUGCGGCAGGGAGCCAGAGUAGCAGUGGAUUCGGCAGCUUUAAUACUGUCCAGCCGGCUCAGACGGCAUCACAUUCCCAGUUUGUGCCCACCGUCUGCUCCUCCAAGAUGGGCGAGACACAGUCACAGGUCUUCUCCAGCGGCAGCUGUGGGAUUAAGAUCUCCGAGCGCACUACCAUCUGUGGCGAAAUGGAAUCAACCGAUCUUGGUGCGGAGUUGGCGGGCGCACCCAGCGCACAGUGGUCUUUGCCUUCAGCAAGGCCUGCUAUACAGGGCCACCACCAGAUGAUGGACACCACUCUGGGAAUGUCAACCUACGAUGUGGCGUCACUUGAGCAGCCAGAUACUCAGGAUGAGGAGCACGAAGAGGAAUUGAAGCUGGGUGACACAAAAUCGCUUGAGGAGCAACAGAAUCCGCAGGACGAGCAGAAUCUGGAGCAAGAGCAGGAUCAGGCGCAGGAGCCCUCGGAAGCCGGCGGUCGGCUGGCGUUCCUAAGCACCUCAGAAGGAACGGCCCAGGAGCCCCUCUCCUCGCCCAUCUGCAGCCUGAGUAGCGAAGAUUCGAACGUGUCCUCGGCAGGCAUUCGGAAUCCCAUGCCAACACUGCACACCGAUGACCCCAUGUACUCCAUCGUUGCUGAGUCGCCGGGCUCCAUAACCACAUCCCGAUCGGUUACGCACACGCCCACCUCCUUCCUGCCCAGCGACACAAACGUCUCUCAGACAUCUAGUCCGCAGGCACCUCAUGGCGGGGAUGGAGAUGGCACGCCGAUCUCCCUGUACCGCGCCAAUAGUCUGGAAACGGUUGACGACCUUGACACCACCAAGGGCUCGCUAGAGGAAGAGGACGAUGAUGACGAUGAUGAUUGCGUCAUAGCGCUGGAUGGAACAGAAGUGCGCGGCUAUGUCGCCCGACCCCAGCAAUCGGCGGCCUCCAGCAGUGCGGAGCUGUUCGCCUUCAAGGACGAAUGUCAGGAGGAGGCGGCUGGUGUCCCCAGUCCAUUCCUUUCGCUGGGCGCCACGGUUAACAGCGACUCGGAUGUGGCCGACACCAUUGUCCUAGACAGCGAUGAGGAGGCGCCGAAGGAAAAGGAUACUCAGCCGGAGCAGCGAAAGGAUUGGCCUACGGAGGAGGAGAACCCGAGAACCGAGUCGGUGGCCACAGUGGAGUUUAGCGAGCAAAAGCAGCCACUUGCCGAUAUGGAUAUCGAGAUGGUGGUGGAUGUGGUGCCGGACGUGCCGGAGGUGGAACCCUUGGUCCGUGGUCUGGAGGAAAUUCCAGAAGAGGAUGAUGACCUAGAAGCCGAAGAGCAGGUCGUUGUGGAAGUCGAACGUGGGGCGGAUGAGCAGCCCAAAGAAGGAGACAAGACGGAGACCAAAGAAGCUUCCGAGGAGAAAGCCAAACCUAGUCCAGAACCACUAUUGCCCGAAGAGGAGGAUUCAACACACAGCCUGAAGCUGAAAUUCUCCGGUGAUGAGGAUGAGGAGCAGGAUGUGCCAACAGGCACGAUUCGUACAUUGCGACCGCGUCGCAGCUUCACGGAGCACCAGGACACUCCGAGCACUCUGCGACCGCGUCGCGUCUCCGAGAAGCAUCGCGAUAGUCCGACUCCAGUCGCUGGUCGCAAGAUGUCAUUGCGCAGCAGCGAUGCCCCAACCUUAUCGCACGCAUCCACUCCACCAGUCUCGACUCCCAAGCGUCGUGGGUUGCAGCGCAAUCAUCUGCUGGAGGUGAUCCCCGAACGGCUGCGGCCCCAAAGUCCCUUGGAGCCUGCGCUACCGCGCACCCGCUCGCGAAGUCGCCUCAGCGUGGACUCGGAGGCUGCGAGCUCCAGACCCGGCACGCCCACAAUCACCAAGGCACGCGGCAAGAGGGCCGUCUCGCAGGCACCGGUGACGGAGGAGCCCUCUGUCCGAUCUUUGCGAGGCCAGAGCGAGCCGCCCCCUGCGUUGAGUGCGCAGGUCGUGCGCAAACCGAAGUCUGCUAGUGCGGUGGUCAGAUUGCGCAAGAUGAGCUCAGAAGUCCAGUCACCUACCGCCUCUCCGACUCCGAUCGAUGCUCCCAUAGAUGUACCCGAUUCAACUGCACCGGAGGAGCAGCCCCGUCUCCGUCGCACCACUAGACGACGAAUCUCGGAACUGAGCGAUCAGUCUGGGACUGCCACAGGUGACUCUCGCUCCGAAGCCUCCAGUUCUGCCACCAUCAGCACCGCCAGCACACAGAACCGGGAGCUACGUCCGCGCUCGCGCCGCACCUCCAAGUCGGAGCAUUAGUUAUGCACCCGGAUAACCGGAUCACCAGAGUUGAAGAGUGCGUCCAAAGUUGGGGGGUGGGGGAGUAGCUUGCCACGAAGAAGGAUCGGCGCGGCAGACACUAAAUUUUUAGUUUUUACUUUGUGUACGUUUAAUACCAGUUAUAAAUGGCAUCAGUUCGAGUUUUUGAAUAAAUUGAAGUUAACGUGGAAGUUAUAGCAUCCACCCAACA